ACGGGUCACUCCGGGGGAAUCCUUUCCUACCAUUUCUCAAAGAGAUAUCAAUCUGUUUGGUUAGCCGAGUGAGAAUGUCUGACCGGAUCUUCUAUAUACACUCCAACUUGUCCUUUGUUCCCUGGGAGGGCAGUACAGCAGCAGCUGCCGUUCCCACUUCUCUCCCCACACCGGGUCACUACCACGUCCUCUACCGAGGCUGUGGGGAGACUCAGGUGGGCUGGCAUGGGGAGACCUACUGCCUGGUUGGUGGGUACCGGGCUUACGGGGAUGCUCCCGUGGCUUCCUCCGAGAAGACCGAAGCAGAGAAACCAGUUUCCAGUCGCGCUCCCAAGAGGCACCAUGUUCUGGAAGAACCUGACAAAGAACUGGGGGGCACCAGCCCUAAAGUCAUGCGGCGGUGGCACCGCGGGGGAAGGAGGCUGCCCACCCAGAAGCACUCGGGCCAGGCAACUUCAUAGGGAUGCCACUGAACCAGAGUUAACUCAGUACCUUUCCCUGCGGUGACUUCCCCCUUCCCACUGCGGACCAGUGGAACUAGAGCGCUGAGCCUGGACCACUGCUCACGCCUGUCCUCUGGCCAGAAGGCCCUCCCUCACGGACCCUGAUCACAAAUGGGAGCUGCUUGAGCCGAGGGCCUGCCUUGCCUCUACCAGGGCGGAUGAGCUCUUCUGAAACCCUUGCUCCAAGGAGCCUGGCUCUCCUUUGCUCACUUCUCAGUGGAGGAGAAAGACACCAGCAUCAUCACUGGACUAGAAAGACUCGCACUGAGACACAAGAGCAAAGGGAGAAGAGAUGGGGUGGGAGAACUAAGAGAAGACCCCAAGAGUUACCUUUUCCCCAGAGUCUCUGCCUGGGAAGCCCAAGGUCCAGGCUAAGGCUCCCAAAGGAGAAGGCGAGGGGUGGAGGGUCUCGACAUCCCUGGCUCAUGCCUUACGUGUGUUGGAGGCAGGAAGGAGAGAGCCAGCAAGGGCAUAAGAUUACAGCUGCUCAGAUCACACCUGGAACAAAAGUCCUAGAUGGGGGCUGAUGGGCUCCAUCAACACAGUUUCCAAGAACUGCUAGGGAACCUGUCCUGAGGGCAUGGAAAGGGUAGAGAAAGAAAGGACCAGCCAUUCUCAGCACCUUUCCCACAGCCUCCCUCUCCUUCUAGCCAAGGAUUCCUCCUCAGAAAGGCUCAGAGGAUGAGGUAGCCUUUGGGUCCUCCUUAGCCAUAAGGACUAAAGAGCCAGGGAGUAAGAAGCCUGGGCAAGGGAGUGUCAAUGCCCAUCAUCUCCCUUCUCUCAUCUUCCCCUUCUCUCAGAACUCUUUUGGCCCCACAUAAGUGGUACUCAAUAA